CUCCUUCUUGCUUCGGCCGCUGGCGGUUACGGUAAGCUGAGUGUCAGAAGGAGUCAGCAUCCUCAAUGUUACACCUCCCGGAUCCGACGUCCAGCCCCACCAUUUCCAUCCAGGGCAGAUGUUGAUAAUGUUUAUAAAUCAGCGGCCGGCCGCACAUCGCUCCUCCUCGCCGUCAAUCACCCUCUGUGUAUCAAGACUCGUUUGUUGAGAUGCUAUACACUCGUCCGAGCCUGUUAGCUCCAAUCUUCAUAUUGCUCUUGUAUAUUUGUCUGUCGUUAUACCGUCGGUAUGCCUAUCAGCGCAAGAUGCGAAGGGAAGGGUGCCAGCCCAUUCCAAAAUAUCCACACACCGAUCCCUUUUUGGGCCUCGACCAUCGGAGGGUAAUGCUGGAGGGGACCAAGCGAGGCGAGGUCGGUGCUACACGGGCCAAAAUACAUGCCAAGUGUGGGCAUACGUACGAGUAUAACGUGUUCGGCCAGCGAACAGUCUGCACGAUGAACAUGGACAACAUUCGAACCGUCGUCGGCCCUUCAUCCGCCAACUUCGUCAAGCCGCCGGGGUCGAAGCAGGCUGCCCAUCCGCUUUUGACGGAUAACCUGGUCGCGCUCGAUGGCCACGAAUGGAAGCAAUCUCGAAGCUUGGUGAUGCCGGUCUUGACUAAAGAGCAGGCCGUCGAUCUGCCGGCGCUUGAACGACACAUCCAGAAGCUGUUGAAGCUCAUCCCCCGCGACGGCAGCACGGUCGACCUGCAGCCUCUUUUCCAGCGUCUGUUUAUUGACAGAGCCACCGAAUUUGUCCUGGGCGACUCCACGAAUACGCUCGAUCCGGACGAGGAAGCUCAUCCAGAGGCCGACAAGUUUCUAACGAUGUUUGAGGAUGUGAUGCGCAUGUUGGGCCAGAGAGUCCAAGCGGGCCAUUUGCUCUUUCUCCGCGGUCGAGAUGUCCAAUGGCAUCAAGAUAUCGCCACCAUCUUUGCUACCGUGGACGGAUUCAUUGACAAGGCCGCUGCACGACAACACUCUGCGUCGCCGCGUUUCAGCUUGGUGGAGCACUACGUGGAUGAGAUCAACGACAAAGCCGCCGUCCGAUCCCAAUUGAUGAGUGUGUUCUUCGGGAGCCGCGAUCAAAUCUCCAUCUCCAUGAGCCUGCUCAUGUUUGCACUCGCGAGACAUCCGGAAGUCUGGCUCAAGCUCCGUCGGGAAGUACUGGCGCAGCCUUUGGGUCCUUCCACGGAAAGUACCUCGAGACUCCCGUACACCAGGAACGUCGUCUACGAAGGACUGCGCAUAUUCUCUCCCGUCCUGAUGAGCCGGCGGCAGUGCGAUGCAGAUUGUAUCUUGCCCAGCGGAGGCGGGAAAGAUGGUCAAGCUCCGAUUCUCAUUCCUCGGGGGGCGAUCGUUGAAAUGAACAUCCAAGGCUUACACCGAGACCGGACGAUAUGGGGCGAGUCGGCAGACGAGUUUCUCCCCGAGCGGUGGACCGAUCGGACUCCCGGCUGGAAGUACAUCCCGUUUCUCGCGGGUAAGAGGGUCUGUCCGGCGCGGGAUCUGUCGGUGACGCAGAUGAUCUAUCUUCUCGCACGGCUCGUCCAGGAAUUCGAAUUGCUACAGAACCGGGAUCCCGUACUUGAGCUGGUGGACGAUAUCCGGAACGUGCGGCUGAGUAGGCGUGUGCAGGUUGCGCUGAUUCCACCGUAGAAGAUGGCAUGCCAUGACAAAAAGAAGAGGACGGCCACACAGUGGGCUUGUAACGAUGCUGCCCAGAGGCGCCUAGUCGGAUGUUCUUCGCCUGAAAGAUGGGGCGAUCAACGGGAUGGAGAAGGUUUUGGUGAUCUACCAUGUGCUGGAGGAGACAUCAGUAAAAUAGCCGCGCAUACUUUGUAGCGUCAUGCCGUCUCUGGCCGCGAAACUCAUCCAGAAUGCAUGCAUGGUGCUCGAGAGUAUUGCCCAACUUGAGAACAGUCACAAUGUCGUCAGUUUCGCAGGAGGUAAUUGAAUCCCGAAUGCUAAG